AUGACAGGAAAUAUGUUGAAAUUUGCCCGUUCUGUUGGAAUGAAUGGUACCCACUCUCCCUUAGGCCUUAAUGGCCGUACACCCUCCCCUCCCAGUGCUCUGCCUAAUUCGGCAUCCAAUCAACAACUACCCCCUGCUUGUGGGGCCAGACAGCUCAGUAAAUUGAAGCGUUUCCUGACCACAUUACAACAGUUUGGAUCUGAUAUAUCACCAGACAUUGGGGAACGUGUACGCACUCUGGUUUUGGGACUUGUGAACUCACAUCUUUCUAUUGAAGAGUUCCAUUCCAAAUUACAAGAAGCCACAAAUUUUCCUCUUCGACCAUUUGUUAUACCAUUUCUUAAGGCCAAUCUUCCUUUGCUUCAACGUGAAUUGUUGCAUUGUGCUCGCAUGGCCAAACAGACCCCUCAGCAGUAUUUAGCUCAGAAUGAACACAUCCUCUUUGAUACUUCAAAUUCGCCCGUUGAAUCACACGACUCCCUCUCAUCUGACUUGAAUGAAAAUGGCAAGAGACGGUCACCUGACCGGCCAGCCAAGGAAAAUGGCAUUGACCCCCACAUAGAUAACCUACAUCCAACUAAAAGACAUCACACUAUGAGUCCUUUAGGAGGCAGUCGCGUGAGCCCAAAUGGGGUUCUGAAUUUAAACUCUGGGGGACCAAUACGUCUUGGAGACAUAAGUUUGUCACGGGAACUGCGAGAACGUGAACGAUUGGAACAGGAAAGAGCUGAAAGAGAACGUUUGGAACGUGAAAGGGAUCGGGAUCGACAUUAUCCAAAUUACAGUUUUUCCAGAAAUGACCCAUUUGAACCUCCAUUUGAUCGCUUAGAUGACAAUUGGAAACAUGUUGAAACAAUGUUACAUUGUAUUAUUGGAAUGGUGAACAAAACAAAGCGAGCACUGUCUGUGUUACAAGAACGAAGCAUCCGUGACCGUGAAGAAUUGUCUCUAUGGAUGCGACGACAUGCUGAAGAGGAAGCUGUGACUGAAGUGAAACGACAGGCCAUGCUGGAAUUACAAAAAGCAGUGUCUGCUGUAGAACAAAAGGCCAACGAACUAGUGGCCAACGAGAGACAGAAGAUGGACCGUGCCCUGGCAGAAGCCCGAAAGCAGGCUCAUGAUGAAGUUUUGUCAUCAAUCAACCAUCAAGAGGAUUCAAGUGAGAGUUGUUGGAACUGCGGACGUAAAGCCAGUGAAACAUGCAGUGGCUGCAACACUGCACGAUAUUGCGGGUCUUUCUGUCAGCACAAGGAUUGGGAACAUCACCAUCAUGUAUGUGGGAAGAACCCUGUUGCAUCUACAGCCUCUGCUGGUAAUGAUGCUCGUGAGAGCAAACCUCAAAUCGCUACCCCUCAGCUGUCAUCUGUAAGACCCUCUUCUCCUUCAUCUAGUUCAUCUACAUCUGCCUCGCAACCACAACUUUCACAAAGGUCUAGUGGUCCACCUCCCCCACCAACAGCCACAGCUCCUCGGAUGCCACCUCAAGAUACACCCAUACUGACUCCACAACCGUCCCCCAGUCCUAAUCAUUCAGUCGCCUCUGCACACUCUCCACAUUCAGGUUCACGGUCAAGCACACCUGCUGAAAACAGCCGCCCAGCUUCCUAG